CGAUACAGGGUUGUUUCCCUUUAAUAAUUUACGUCCUUUGUUUGCAAGUGAGUAGCGUGUUUAUAAAGCUGAAGGUCUUGUAGAAACUAUGUCAAACUUUGGUAGAGUACCAGUAAUUGAUGUUCACAGUGAAAAUUUACGGGAGGUGUGGCCAUCAAUGAUAUUAGCAUUGUCUAAUGCUACUUUUGUUGGACUUGAUACGGAGCUGAGUGGUUUAGGACAUAGAAAGAAACUUGGGGCAAAGUCUGUUGAGGACAGAUAUAAGAAUAUAUGUGAGACUGCUAAAUCUAGGUCUAUUCUCUCCCUUGGUGUGUCAUGUUUCCAACAGAUGUCAGCACCAUCUAAUACCAACCAAUCAGAGAGCAACUGCUUGUCAAGUAGCCAAUCAGGAUCCAGAUACAUAGUUCAAACUUUCAAUAUCAUGCUGCUGUGUGAGGAAGAGUUCAUGGUUGAGCCUCAAUCUUUGAGGUUUUUGGUACAACAUGGCUUUGAUUUCAAUAAACAGUAUGAGAAAGGCGUACCUUAUUAUAGAGGUCCAGAUAAGAAGGAAGAUAAUAACAUUCAAUCAGUUAGACAUUUAUUUAGUGAACUUGUUGCUAUGGAGAAACCAAUUAUUCUUCAUAAUGGUCUGGUCGACCUGAUUUUUAUGUAUGAGAAUCUGUACACCAGUCUACCGUCCAGCUCAGCGAUGUUUCUAGCAGAUCUAUGCGACAUGUUCCCAAAUGGCAUCAUCGACACAAAGUAUAUCACCGACUUUGAACAUCUCAUGCAAGCAUCUUACCUGGAAUAUGUCUUUAGAAAAUGUCAAAAAGAUAAUGAAAGUAGAGCUGAAAAAUGCACAUUACAUUUCCCACACUAUCCGGCAAGUUACCCUCAUGUAACUUACAGAAACUGUAACAUCAAACCGAAGUUUGACAUUGAUCAAAAUCCAGAUGCUUACAAAAUGGCUCUCUGUGGCUCAUAUUCAGGUCACGGAUGGUGUCCAAAAGAGAAAUUUUGCUCCAAGUCACAUGACAUAGACCUUAUCAUUGAUGUUGACAAUUUCAUGGAAAAAAGAAAGGGCAGAAAACGAAAGAGAAGACGUGAAAAUAAAGAAGCGAAAGAAACUACUGAUGAGUUGUCCGAAAACGAAAAUGUUUCUAAGGGAAGCAACUCUGCUGUAUUAGAUGCUGGGGAUGUCACAGUGGAAAAUGGAGAUAGUGAUGAUGGUUUAAAAAGUAAAUUAAAUACUGAAGAAAUUUUACAAACACUUAAAAGACAGGUAACUGAAGAAGAAACGCAUGCCAAUGGUGGACAUAGAGCCGGCUAUGAUGCAUUCAUGACAGGUUUUAUUUAUGCAGUGUACAGGGCCUCUGGUGGUAAAUGGAUAGAUAAAACAGAGGAAUGGAGGAACAAGUUAUAUCUUGGUGGAAAAGACUAUCCUCUUUCAGUUAGUAAAAGCAGUUUUAGCAAACAUUCCAAACAGCACUUAGAGAAAAUAGGUACCAUCAGAAAAACUGAAGUUCAAAAAUAAAUAUAAAAAUCAGUAUAAAAAUGGCUUGUUUUUAUAAACAUGUAUUUGCAAUAAAAAGUUUGAUACGUCAUAUAUCAAAUUACUAAUUAUAUUGUCUAAUAACAGACUCCAUACAUCUAAUAAAUCUAUAAAUGUUAAAAAAACAAUUUUUUUUAUUUAUAUUCUUUUGUACAAAAAAAAUCAAUUUUAACCCGCGAAUGGUGUGCAUAUUUUAUUGAAUGGAUUCGUCUAACUUCCAUUUUUAAGCUGUAGAACAUUACAUGUACUAAAAUUAAUGAAUUACUACAAAAUACUGAUUUAUUGAAAAUUACUAAACUGGAAAUCUCUAAAAAACUGUCCAAUGCAUAUGAAUGGUGUAACCAAAUUUGCAAAGCCCUUUCCAGUAGCAUGUGUUACAGAUGGUUAAUGGUUAAAAUCAUUCCAAAAUACUUGUUAACCCUUAACAUGCUGAAUAUUUUAAAUGGACCUGUCCCACUACCAUUUUUGGGACUGUCCAUUUCAAGUUUUAGAGAUUAUCAGAUAUCAAUUUGAAGAUUGAAAGUUUGUCAGGCAACAGUAUUGAGCCUGGUCAGACUGCACGGAUGUGCAGGCUGGCCUGGCUCUAUACUGGUUGCAAAGGCUUAAUGCUUUCAGUUCCAGCACUUUAAGGGUAAAUAAAUUAUUUAUAGCUUUUGAGAUGUAUGGGCUCAUUCAUAGAUUCAUUCAUAGAAAAAUAUGUCAGUUACAGCCUUCUUAAAAAAACUUCCAGGAAAACGCCCAUUGUAUUGUUAUAUACAUGUAGUUUGAAUGAAACAAAAUGUAUUUUAUAGUCUGUGAAAUAUAUCGUAUUCCUUAAUAUGAAAGGAAUUUUUAUCA